AACUCGUAGUCAUUAUAUCCAGGUACAGCCAUCCUCUCGUGCUUCUCCCGCUAUGCUCCCCGCAUCCAUGAGCGAAGGAAGCCUUCUGUGCUCAUCUAGGAUCCACCACUUCCCGAGAUCCAUUCCAGCUUCUAAUUUCACAAGGCUACGAUCCAAUUCUCUUCUGUUUAGGUCGAAACUCCUAUCCGCUGCUCCUCUACGCGGCUCCUACGUUACGGCCGCCACAGCCACCGGUGGUGGCGAGGAUGAGUUUAUAUCCAAGGUUUUGAAAGAAAACCCCACCCAGGUCGAGCCGAGGUUCCUCUUCGGUGAGAGAUUCCUCACUCUAAGGGACAAGCAGGGAUCUCGGAAACCUUCUGGCUUGAGAGUUCUUCAGCUGGUUAAGCGCUUGCUGGGUGAUUCUUACGGGGCUAGUGGGAAGAUUGGACACGAAGGCACUGGGGAGUAUGUAACCCAAGCUGACAGCCCGGUUCAUCUCAAGGACAUUCUCAGGGAGUUCAAGGGUAAGCUUUACGUUCCCGAGGAGGUGUUUAGGGAGAACUUGUCGGAGGAGGAGGAGUUUGAGCGGGACAUGCGCGAGCUUCCCUUGAUGAGCUUUGAGGAUUUCCAGAAACAUCUCACGGCUGGUAAGAUCAAGCAGUUGACAUCAAAAUCCAUGGUUGGUGCUCCUGGUGUUGGUUAUACAGAUUUCAUUGUUGUCCUCAUUGAAAUACCUGGAGAUAAAAACUUACAGAAGACAAGAUGGGCCAUUAGGUUAAGUGCGACUCAGGCACAGGCGGUCUUGGCGGAGUACAAAGGUGCACAGUAUGAGAUAGAGAAGCAAAUGAUGUCUUAUGUGGGCAAAAUAGAAGAAUAUCCUCAUCCUGUGGCUUCUUCCAUAUCUUGCAGAAUUAUGGUUGAGUUUGGGAUGGUAACAGCCUUAAUGGCUGCCUUUGCUGUAGUAAUUGCAGGUUUCAUGGCAUCUGCUGCCUUUGCAGUGACCAGUUUUUUUUAUGCUGCUACAGUUUAUGUUCUUUGGCCUUUAGUCAGACCAUUUCUCAUGCUUGCACUUGGUAUUUUUUCCAAUAUUGCUGAAUGUAUAUGGGAAUAUAUCAUUGAUAUGUACAGUGAUGGAGGUUUUCUUUCAAAAAUAUAUGAAUUAUAUACUUUUGGUGGUGUUUCUGCUAGCCUUGAGGUGCUUAAACCAAUCUUGUUGGUCUUUGUAACUAUGGUCCUACUUGUUCGUUUCACUCUAUCUAGGAGGCCAAAGAACUUCAGGAAAUGGGAUAUUUGGCAAGGCAUAGAAUUUGGCCAGUCUAAACCACAAGCUCGAGUUGAUGGCUCAACAGGAGUAACAUUCAAUGAUGUAGCAGGUAUUGAUGAAGCAGUGGAGGAACUACAGGAGCUGGUUAGGUAUCUAAAGAAUCCAGAAUUGUUUGAUAAGAUGGGAAUCAAGCCUCCUCACGGAGUCCUAUUGGAAGGCCCUCCUGGAUGUGGCAAGACUCUAGUUGCAAAAGCUAUUGCUGGUGAAGCUGGUGUACCAUUUUAUCAAAUGGCUGGCUCCGAGUUUGUUGAAGUUUUGGUUGGUGUUGGUUCUGCUCGAAUUCGAGAUCUUUUUAAGAGAGCCAAGGUGAAUAAACCAUCUGUUGUAUUUAUAGAUGAAAUAGAUGCACUGGCAACCAGGCGUCAAGGUAUUUUUAAAGAGUCGACCAACCACCUUUAUAAUGCUGCAACACAAGAACGAGAGACUACACUCAAUCAGCUCUUGAUUGAGCUUGAUGGGUUUGAUACUGGAAAAGGUGUAAUAUUCUUGGGUGCUACUAAUCGUAGGGACCUGCUAGAUCCAGCCCUUCUUCGACCUGGUCGCUUUGACCGAAAGAUAAGGAUCCGCCCGCCUGGUGCAAAGGGACGUUUAGACAUCUUAAAGGUUCAUGCUCGGAAAGUCAAAUUGUCACCAACAGUUGAUUUGGCUUCUUAUGCUCAAAAUUUGCCAGGAUGGACUGGUGCAAAGUUAGCUCAACUAAUGCAAGAGGCAGCUUUGGUAGCAGUAAGGAAUAAGCAUGAAUCGGUCAUUCAGUCUGAUAUGGAUGAGGCAGUUGAUAGGCUAACGAUAGGACCAAAGAAGGUAGGCCAUGAAUUAGGGCAUCAAGGGCAAUGCCGUAGAGCUAUAGCUGAGGUUGGCAUUGCGAUAACAUCACAUUUAUUGAGACGCUAUGAAAAUGCUAAAGUUGAGUACUGCGAACGUAUUUCUAUCAUACCUCGGGGCCAGACGCUCUCCCAAAUUGUAUUCCAUCGCCUUGAUGAAGAGUCUUAUAUGUUUGAAAAGCGUCCCCAGUUACUACAUCGCCUGCAGGUACUAUUGGGAGGUAGAGCUGCAGAAGAAGUAAUAUUUGGACGAGAUACGUCAAAAGCAUCUCUAAAAUACCUGGAGGAUGCAACUUGCCUUGCACGCAAAAUGCUAACUAUUUGGAACUUGGAAAAUCCUAUGACAAUUCAUGGUGAACCUUUCCCUUGGAAAAGGAAGCUUCUAUUUAUUGGACCCUGUCUUGACUUUGAAGGAUCGCUUUAUGAAGAUUAUAAUUUCAUAGAGCCUCCUAUUAAUUUUGACUUGGAUGAUCGAGUUUCUCGAAGAACUGAAGAAUUAAUUCAUGAAACGUAUGGGAAGACACUGUCUUUGUUGAGGCAACAUUUAACAGCUCUUCUGAAAGCAGUCAAGGUAUUACUGGAUAAUAAAGAGAUAAGUGGAGAUCACAUUGAAUUCAUUUUAGAUAAUUACCCAGCCUCAGCUCCAGUUAUGGCUGUUUUGGCGGAGAAAGAUCCAGGAAGAUUACCGUUCUUUGUUGAGCAUGGGGACCGUGAUCAUGUUUCAACUCCUGGAGUUCUUGGAGAAGCAGCAUAGAGAAUUUGUCCAGAGUAAUUUGAAAUCACUCCUCUAGUAACUUUUCCUUAAUGCAGGUAUGCAGCUGUGAGAAUUCCAACUUGAUAAAUAGGUGCUUCAUGUGCAUUGAGGAAUUGUCAUAGGCGUCUCCUUUGGUCUUAUUGGACCAAGGCAGGUUUGGAUCAUUAAAUUUUAGAGUUUGCAUGCAUCCUCAUUGUAACUUCUCAUAAAAUUUAGAAGGGAUCAGCGUGUUAGGAAUCUAUCUUCAGUGCGGAAAUUAUACAUUUUCAGUGAAAUAUAUGAGCAUGUUUGUCUUUUUGGUUCUCAAAAGACCUAUAGUAAUUUUCAUCACAAAUUACAUUUACAGAUUAAGAUUAUGAUAUUUCAAAUUUUGUAAAAA